CAUUACCGGAAGUGGCUGUGGGGUCGGGAUUAGCCGGAGCGUGUGACACAUUAAUGUCACAGAUCUAUGGAUCGAGCAAUUUAAAGUUGAUCGGGACCGUUCUGCAGAGAGGGAUCCUGAUCUUGCUGCUCUUCUGUUUCCCCUGCUGGGCCCUGUUUGUCAACACGGAGCCCAUUCUGCGGCUUUUCCGGCAGGACCCAGAUGUGUCCAGAUUAACUCAGAUUUACGUCUUGAUUUUCAUUCCAGCCCUUCCAGCGACAUUUCUGUACCAACUACAGGCCAGAUACUUGCAGAACCAGGGGAUCGUAUUCCCUCAAGUGUUAACGGGAUUCAUUGGAAACCUCUUCAAUGCAUUAAUUAACUACAUCUUCCUGUACCUGCUGGGGCUGGGGGUGAUGGGCUCAGCGUUGGCCAAUACUAUAUCUCAGUACAUGCUGGCGAUUUUGUUAUUUUUGUACAUCGUGUGGAAGAAGCUCUACGUAAAGACAUGGGGAGGUUGGUCCUCUGCCUGCUUUGAGGACUGGGGGUCUUUCACCCGGCUUGCAAUACCCAGCAUGCUGAUGGUCUGUGUUGAAUGGUGGGCAUUUGAAAUUGGGAUCAUACUAUCAGGAGUACUCGGUGUGGAAGAUCUUGGGGCUCAGUCUAUCAUUUACCAGAUGGCUAGUCUCAUCUUCAUGGUGCCGGUGGGCUUCAGCAUUGCAGUCAGUGUCCUUAUAGGACAGGCGUUAGGAGCAGGUGACAUUGCCCAAGCCAAGAAGUCCAUGGUUGCUGCCCUGAUAAUGGCAGAGAUCUGUGCUCUGGUAUGCUGUAUUCUGCUUAUCAGCCUGAAGGACGUGAUCGCUUACAUUUAUACCUCAGAACAGACUAUAGUGGGACUGGUCAGCUACGUGCUUCCCGUCUAUGCCGGAAGUCAUCUCUUCGAUGGAUGUGUGGCCACGUGUGGAGGAAUUCUCCGUGGCACUGGAAAGCAGAAGGUUGGAGCCAUUUUUAAUAUCGUUGGUUAUUAUGUCAUUGGCCUUCCCGUGGGAAUCUCACUGAUGUUUGCAGCUAAGAUCGGCAUAAUAGGGUUCUGGCUGGGAAUCUUGCUCUGUGCUCUGAUACAAAGCAUCACGUUCCUGGUCUUUGUGUUCAGGAUCGACUGGAACAAGUCAUCACAAGAGGCACAAGAACGGGCCAAAGAGAGGAGAACAAAGACGCAAGACCUCAACAGCAAACCAGUUACUUACCAGAGUGACCCCACGAUAGAAGACCCAGAAGAGUCCUCUAGGGUGAUACUGAUGGACCCAGACAACAGCCAAAGACUAGACCCUCAACAGAAUGAGACCCACCUGGGCGAGGUCACCCAACAGAACAAACUUUUGUCCAAGAGGAAGCUGAUUGUGCACCGAUCGCUGCUCCUUAUUGGUGCAAUUACUAUAUUAAUGGUUGGGAUACUGAUAAGGCUCUGCGUGUGAACACCAGAGAGGAAGUUCUGAAAUCAUUGUUACAUUAAGUAUAACAAGAGGGACAGUGUCCACGCUGAACAAUUAUUCUGGCACAAGUUGGGUCUAUUUACCCGCAGAGCCUUUAUCACUAUCCCAACCAUUCUAUUUACCAAUCCGGUAAUGACAAUGGCGCAGACUGCAGGAAAUCAGGACCAGCCCGGAGUUUAUCACAGCAACAGAGUACGGCUGAUAUGUACUGAUAAAAUACCGCCUUAUUAUCGUUUUACGGUUUAUUUUAUCUAUUUAUUUAUAAUGAAAAUAAAUCACGAGCCAGCUCCAAUAAGAGGAGGGGAAUGAUAAAUAACAGUUUUGGAAGUGUAGAUGGACUUCAUGAACUGAACGGAAAGCACUGCAAAACCAAAAUAAAAGGCACUGCUAAAA